AUGUCUGACAGGAAGCAAGAUGCUGCUCCUCAGUGGUGCAGCCUCUCCCCGGCCGUGAAGCAUGGCCCAGUCAAGGCUGCGUCCUCUGAUAGAAGCAUCACCAGAGUGCUGGGGAGAGGGAGCACGCAGCAGGUCAAUCAAGCCAGAGAGGAGCAAGGUCCAUGGGAUUUCUGCAGCCUGGCCAGCACCCCAGCCCGCUCGCUGGCAGAAGAGCCCUUGUGCCUGCUCCACACUUGCCACGUCGUGUGCCAGCGGCCCUGGGAGACGGGUCUGCUGAGGAGGACAAGAGCUCUGAACAUCAACCUGAAGGAGCACAGUAGGGGAGCAAAGAGGCUGAAGAAGAGAAAGUUGGUCGUCUUCAAGGAACCCCUGGAUCUCCUCCCGCUGAGAUCCUGCAGGGACUCGCUGGGGAGGCUGAUGGCGGCUCCAGCUGCGCCCCUGGCCGCUCAGACCCCCGCCCGGGACAGGUGGAGGAGGAAGAUGGAUUUCCUUCUGUCGGUGGUGGGGUUCGCCGUGGACCUGGGCAACGUCUGGAGGUUCCCCUACAUCUGCUACCAGAACGGAGGCGGAGCUUUCCUCAUCCCCUACACCCUGAUGGCCAUUUUCGGAGGCGUGCCCCUCUUUUACAUGGAGCUGGCUCUGGGGCAAUUCCACCGGGUCGGGGCCAUUCCCAUCUGGAAGCACAUCUGCCCCAUCUUUAAAGGCAUCGGCUUUGCCAUCUGCAUCAUCGGCCUCUACGUCUCCUUCUACUACAAUACCAUAAUUGCCUGGGCACUCUACUAUUUCUACUCCUCCUUCACCACCACGCUGCCCUGGACCAGUUGCGCCAACCCCUGGAACACCCCCAACUGCACCAGCUACUUUGGGGGCAGCAACGUCACCUGGACUAAGGACUCCAGCUCACCAGCCGAGGAGUUUUACAUGAGGAGAGUUCUGGCACUCCAGAACUCGCAAGGCCUGGACGAGGUGGGUGGGAUCCGCUGGCACCUGCUCCUCUGCCUCUUCCUCAUCUUUGCCAUUGUCUACUUCAGCCUCUGGAAGGGGGUCAAGACCUCUGGAAAGGUGGUGUGGGUGACGGCCACUCUCCCCUACGUUGUUCUGCUCAUCCUGCUGAUUCGCGGGACGACUCUGCCCGGGGCCUGGAGAGGAAUCGUCUUCUACCUGCAGCCCAACUGGAAGAAGCUCAUGAGCACAGCUGUGUGGGUCGACGCGGCUGCCCAGAUCUUCUUCUCGCUGGGGCCAGGCUUUGGGGUGCUUCUUGCUCUCGCCAGCUACAACCCAUUCCACAACAACUGCUACAGGGACGCCGUGGUCACCAGCAUCAUCAACUGCCUCACCAGCUUCCUCUCUGGCUUUGUCAUUUUCACCGUCUUGGGCUACAUGGCAGAAAUGAGGGGCGUGGAAGUGGAGGACGUGGCCAAAGACAAAGGGCCCAGCCUCCUCUUCAUCACAUACCCCGAGGCCAUCGGCAACAUGGUCGGCUCCACCUUCUUUGCCAUCCUCUUCUUCCUCAUGAUGGUAAUGCUGGGGCUGGACAGCACGUUUGGGGGCCUGGAAGCUGUGAUCACAGCAAUCAUGGAUGAAUAUCCACACCUCCUGGCCAAGCGACGAGAGCUGUUUGUCUUGGGGCUGAUCACCGUGUGCUUUCUUGGUUCCCUGGCCACACUGACCAAUGGUGGGUCCUACAUUGUGAAGCUCUUGGAAGAGUUUGGCGCUGGCUGCUCCAUUUUAGCCGUGGUGCUUCUAGAAGCCAUUGCUGUCUCCUGGUUUUAUGGAAUCCAGCAGUUCUGCAGUGAUGUGAAGGCCAUGCUGGGGUUUACGCCGGGAAUCUACUGGCAGGUGUGCUGGGCGGCCAUCAGCCCGGCCUUCUUGUCAUUCAUCAUCAUCAGCUCUCUGCUGAACCAGCCCCCCCUCACGUUGUUCGACUACCAGUACCCGGCCUGGAGCAUCUCGGUGGGGUACCUGAUCGGCGCCUCCUCUUUCCUCUGCAUCCCUGUCUACAUGGCCUACAAGCUUGUCUGGACCCCAGGAUCUCUCAAGCAGCGCCUUGCAGUGUGCCUUCGACCCGAGAAGACAAAAGGGGAGCAGCCACUGGGAUCUGUGGACAUGGUGCCAGCCCCCCCUCAAGGGAAACAUGGACUGCUUUUUGCCAAUAUGAAGACAACUGAGGAGCCACCAGGAGUGGGGCUCCCCCAUUGA